AUGCCGUCGGUACCGAUCCAUCUCCCUUGCUCCUCCGCAACAUCCUCUCGCGCCGAGAACCCCCUUCCGCAGCUCCUCCACACGCCCUCGGGCCUGGCCCUCAUCGAAAUCCAGGGCACAAUCCACUUCCCCCCGCCUGCAGCCUCCGUGGCCUCCACACAAGUCGGCAAACUCGUCUUCCCACACUACAAUCCCGCCAUCAACGACCCGAGCGACACGAAAUGGAUGAAGCGCGUCUACAUGUACGUCGGCAAAGGCCAGCGCAUGACGGGCGAAUGCAAGAAGCUGCCCACACCGCUUGGUGUCAUCCGCAGGAGGGAGAAGAUAAACGUCGAGGAUGUGGAGAUGAGUGGGCUUGGGGACGAGGAUGGUGCGAAAGAUGAGGAGCUGGAGAUUGUGGAGGUGGUGAAGUACAAGAUUGUGUUUUCGGCGCGCCCGGAGCCUAUCAGUGGCGUCGCUGAGGUGGACUGA